AUGUCUGGGAUCCGGGGAGGAUACCCUAAACCUGGGGCGAUGAUGUCCGUGAACCUUCAGGAAGGAAACUCCCGCGCUUACGCGGACAACGUCCCUCCAAGUUCAGAUAUCCAUUAUCUUUCCUGCUUGGACCUCCUUGGGGAUCCGGUACUAGAUAACAAUGCGACAUUGAUGGUGUCGUCAGUUACCGGACAGAAAGUCACCCCGACUGAACUAUCAACGGGCCAGUAUUGGGUUGAUAAUUUGACCUCACCUGUGUGCUUCGUUGAUGCAUUGCAAUAUAUCAUGCAAGCGGCGCCCAAAUUGGACGGGAUCAAAGCAAUAUCCGACUAUAUUGAGAUCGGUCCACAUGGUGCACUACAUUUCAAACAAGAAAGAGUCCAGAUAAGUUUCAGUCCUGUCAAGACUCGGUUCACCUCUGAAAACGACAAUGUUGGCAUGUCAGCCGUUGCCAACAAGGCGUCGACAGGCGAUGGCCAGAAACGACUGCUCCACCGUAUCGAUUGGAAACCACAGCUGUCUCUAGUCACCACCCAUCAACUAUCUGAUUAUUGCGAUGUUGAAAAGUUCACCGAUGAUGAAGCCUUUGCGAUCGACUAUUGCGUUCGGUUGGAAGAUACUCUACGUACACGUCUCGAGCGCAAUCUGACCCAGCUCCAAGAAGCAGUCGGACCUAAAACACCGGAACACCUCAGGCGUUUUGUGUCUCGGAUCGAGAGGCAGCUCUGCAUAAGGCCAGGCCAGUAUGUGGAUGAAAUAAGGGACGAACGUCUCCGCGAGGAGCUUGAAAACCUACGAGCGAUCAGACCAUCCUGGAGGAUUUUCAUAGACGUCGUGCAGAACCUCGCCUCCAUCGUGCGGAAAGAGACCGACGCCCUUGAUCUUCUCUUCUCGACACCCUUGGCCCAGGAUUUAUAUGACGAGUUUUCCAGCGCACAUGCAAUCACAAGUUGUUUUCGUAUCUUGAGCUGGCAGCCUAUCAAACUCCCGACCAACGAAUUCUCGAGGUCGGCGCGGCGAACCGGAGGCACCGCAUUCUGUGAAUAUGUCUAUACCAAUGUCUCGCCAGCUUACUUCCCAGAAGCGCGCGAGCUGUUUGCGGAUUACCGUAACCGUAUGAACUUCAAAACUCUCGACCUUGAGCAAGACAUCAGUGCGAGUAUCGAGCCCAGAACGUGCGACAUAAUUCUGGCUGGGAGCGUGCUACACGCCACCAAGAAUCUGUCUAGUACUCCGCGAAACCUUCGGCGUGCGCUGAAACCCGGUGGCCGGCUGAUCUUCCUAGAGAUCACUGCUCCGGAAUGCUUCGAGUCUCGCGCAUGGUGUCCAACAAUUACCAAGUCUGAUUGGGACGUGUUGCUGAGGGACAAUGGGUUCUCUGGCAACGAAUUGGUGAUCAGAGAUUACGAAGACGAUAGGUCGCACUAUGUCAGCAUCAUCGCGUCCUCAGCAGACAGACCCUCGCAUACGAUUGCUGAGGGCUCGAGGGUCUUAAUAGUUAUCAAUGACGAGAACCAGAGGAGGCUGGCAUCGGAUCUGGUGCGCGGAGUUUUCGACUCAUCAGGCUAUCACCCCAUGGUUGUUACACUCUCUCAAAUAGGAGAUGCUGAGGUGUGUCCGACCGACAUAGUAAUAUUCCUUGCCAACAUAGGAGGACUGGUAUUGGCCGAGCCAUCGGAUGACACCUUCAAAAUGGUCCAGGAUUGGGCGCAGCAAUCUAAACAACUACUCCGGGUAACUGCGUCGAUCGUCUCACAGCAAUCCUAUCCUUAUACUAGUCUCAAGGAUGGGUUUUUACGGGUGAUACGAUCAGAGAAUGACAGCAAGAGAAUCAUCUCCCUUUCUCUAGAGGAUGGUACAUCUGACCCAGGUUUCCUGCAACACAUCGCGCAAGUUUUUCAUUCUGCCUUUGAGAUAACAUCCCCAAAUUUCGAGUAUAUUGUUCGAAACGGGAGAAUUCUGACUGGCUGCCUCGUUCUCGAGCCCGACCUUAACAAGGACUUGAACUCAUCCAUCCAUCCACAAAUGAAGAACGAAGCGUGGUUCCUGGGCCCACCCGUCAAAUUAAAUGUCGGAACCCACGAGCACCGUACCACGCUCGGCCUGACAGACAUCAAAAUCGAGAUCCAAGCUUGGGCUAUCGGCUUCCGCGACGUGUUCAGUGCUCUAGGCCGGCUGGACGAGAAUGAAUUCGGCACGGAUUGCGCCGGCGUAGUAAAGAGAGUUGGCUCCCAAUGUACCGAGCUGCGCCCAGGCGGCCGCGUCUGUACAUCAUCGUUCGGUUGCAUGCGGACAUAUGUGCUUUGCCAUGAAUUGGAUGCCUUCAAAAUCUCCGACGCCCUCUCUGUGGAGGAGGCCUGCGGCGUCAUCAAUCCAAUAAUGACGGCUUGGUACUCCCUCGUCGACGUGGCCCGCCUGAAAAGACGGGAAAAGAUCUUCAUCCACGCGGCAUCGGGGGCGACGGGACAGGUCGCUAUUCAGGUUGUCCAGAUGGUUGGUGCCGAAAUCUUCGCAACCGUGGGAUACCAUCAUAAGAAGCAGCUGUUAAUGGACGAAUAUGGUAUACCCGCUUCGCAUAUCUUCUACAGUAGAGAUCUCAGUUUCGCUCAAGGUAUCAUGCGCGUGACUGAGGGCUUGGGCGAAGGCUUGAGGACGUCGUGGGAGUGCGUUGCUCCAUAUGGCAGAUUCAUCGAGAUAGGGAAGGCUGACAUCAACGCGAAUACCCCAUUGCCAAUGGCGAGUUUUGCUAACAAUGUGUCCUUGUCUGCGGCUGAUCUUCGCCAUCUCGAUUUUAAUCGGAGGGGCUUGUUCGAGAUGGGACCAUCCAUUGUCCAAGGCCAUUGCAUACCUACUCCUGGAAAGAGCACAGGAAGAGUUGUCAUUCAAGUCGAUCAUUCUGCCAAGGUUCAAAAACAUAUCAUUCAUCGCAGGACCUGGGGUUUUGAUGGGAACGCUACAUAUGUCGUUGCUGCAGGUUUAGGAGGAGUUGGACGCUCUAUCCUCCGUUGGAUGGCUUCGAAAGGUGCAAAGCAGCUGAUAGUUCCAUCAACGUCUGGUGCGGCAUCUAAAGAGGCCAUUCAGGUUGUUAGUGAUGUUACCAAGCUGGGAGUAAAGAUAGUAACACCCAAGUGUGACGUUUCCGUGGCAAGUUGUGUUCAAAGGAUGCUUGACGACUAUGCACAAGUCAUGAGUCCGAUCCACGGGUGCAUCAACGCGACUAUGGUUCUUCAGGAUUCGGUUUUCGACAACAUGACACGUGCGCAAUGGGAAACCACCAUCCGUUCAAAGGCUCAAUCUUCAUGGAUCCUCCACACUCUACUUCCCAAAGACCUCGAUUUCUUCAUUCUACUAUCUUCUGCAUCUGGAAUUGUUGGAAACGCUGGUCAAUCCAACUACGCGGCAGGCUGCACGUUUCAAGACUCAUUAUCUCGAUUCUGUGUGUGCCAUGGCCAAAAGGCCGUGUCUAUCGAUCUCGGCCCCAUGCGCUCUAAGAGUUUUGAGAAAUACCCCGGUCUGGCCCCAAUAGAGGAGGAAGAAUUCCUUACGCUCCUAGAUAUCCUUUGCGACCCCGAUUACCAUUCGCGCAAUUCCACGGUAAAGAGCCAAGUUACAAUGGGUAUUGUUACACCAGAUGAUCUUGUUCUUGAAGGUGGUGAUCUACCCCUCGAGCAUUUACAUCAAUCACUCUUUGCCUGCUUCAAUCAAGCCGGAGCUGCAUCGAGUAACUCUGUGUCGGCAAACAGUGUAAACUCGGCAGCACUGUUUCAGCAAGCGGAGAGUGUAGAAGAAAUGACCAGCAUUGUCGUUGAAUCGCUGGUGAGGAAGCUGGCGCGUGUGCUAUCUAUACAAGCCGAAGAUGUAGAUGUGGACAGACCCCUACACUUGUAUGGGGUAGACUCCCUUGUUGCCGUCGAACUUCGCAACUGGAUCACAAAAGACUUCGCGGUAGAUGUGCCUGUUUUCGAGUUGAUGAGUGGUAAAACAUUUUAG